CAUUGAGGUCAUUGCAUAGCGCAAGCGCACUGAAAGGUUAGGGGAGUUCGCUAUGAGUGAUGAGGUUGGGGCACUAGUUUUUGACUUUGGAUCAUAUUCUCUUCGAGGGGGUUUUGCUGGCGAAGAUAACCCUAAGAUUGAUAUUCCAUCUACUCUUGGGAUUAUUGGAAAUGAAGAAGGUCUACCAGCGAAAAGAGUCGUUGGGCAAAAUAUCUUGAUCCCCCGUAAAGGAACUGACCUCCAAUCAUUUCUUAAAGAUGGAUUAAUUGAUGACUGGGAUGCUUUUGAGGAUGUAAUGAGUCACAUGCUACGGUACCUUACACCUGAAGAGGCUAGUCAUCACCCGAUACUUUUUUCAGAACCUUCAUGGAAUACAAAGUCAAAACGAGAGAAAAUUGCUGAAAUUUUGUUCGAAAAGUUUAAAGUUCCAGCGUUUUAUAUAGCCAAAAACGCUGCUUUAACUUGUUUUGCGAACGGCAGACAUACUGGUUUGGUUCUGGAUUGUGGUGCUAUUCACACAUCAGCCGUCCCCGUGUACGAUGGUUUAGUUCUAACUCAAGAGGUUAUACGCUCCCCUUUGGCUGGCGAUUUUAUUGUUCAGCAGGCACAAAGGUUAAUUAUGGAUGAGCUUAAAAUAGAAGUUGUUCCCUAUUAUCGUGUCGCAUCUAAGUUUAGUGUACACCUUAGAUUUUGUGAUAAUUCCGAAUUCUUGGAAUCAGCAUGUACAGUAUGUUUCUACGUUUGAAUAGGUGGCUUAAUUGCCAUAGACUGACGAUACAUAUCAAGUAAAUGUGUGCUGGUUCAGGUUCAUAAUUUCCGUUUAAAGUGAAAUAUAAUGUAUAUUUAUUUUCUAAGCAUUCUGAAGUCACUUUUUUUUCUAUAAAAAAUCAGUCAUUCGAAACCUGAUAGAGGUAUUGUUUCUGACUUACGAAUUUUAUUACCCUAUUCAUUCAGCUGACCAGAUAGUAUUCGAUAGAACAUAUUUAAAAUGUAGUCAUUUUCAUCCUAUAGUGUGGUCAAAUCAUUCUUUACAGUUAAAUAGAAUAUCUCCUUAGGUUUAUCACGCUAAGCCAAGAAUCUUGGGACUUGUAUAUAUUAGUUAUGUGAAUUAUCUCUGGAUUCCAAUGUAUAUUCAUUUCGAAUUGUAUCCGCACUAUCUUAUGGACGUUCAAUUAGACUACUGCUGCUAUUAUUUAUUCAAAUCAAGGUGCUGCAUUCUCCACUCUGUCAGGAUUCAGUCAGUCGUAUUUUUUAGUUCAUUGUGUUAUGAUUUCGAAGUUGGAGUGGGAAUUGAGGAUUUAUGUCUGGUUGAUUUUGCAAUUGUUGUCAGUGAUGUCGAAUGUGCAUGGCAGCACUUUUCUGAAUAAGUAAACUUUUGAGUCUGUUUUAUCAAGGGGUUUGAUUCGGUAUCAUAUGUUGUAGGAUAGUUGUGAUAUUAUUAUUGUCUAUCUUCAAAAAGCUGGUUCAUAAUAAUGCUAUCUAUUCAGACCAAAGGUAACCUCUUAUUUCCGACACAACCAAAUUAUGUAGCAUACCAGUGGAAUGCAUGUUUUAGGAAAUAUUUGGAUAUUUAAAUGUGAGUUGUGAGUUUAAUUCACCAAUAGUUGUUAAAAAUGAAUGAUUUAGAGUCGCAGAUACUCACUGUUACUCGUUUAUCUGUAUUCAACCACAUAUUUUUCGCAAGAUCUUUGUUUUUCGUCUGUGAGAUGUAACUCGGAGGUUCUAUGUAUUUAUUUGUUCUCUCAUUCAAAUAGUCUAUUAGUCAUAAACAAUAUGGAGUACGUCACAUACAUUCAUCGGUCCAGAUUGGCAAACACUUCUAGCACUUAUUUUACAUCUAUUAGUUCUCAGGUUCAAAUUACGCUCCACUUCGUUAUAAGUAAAUACUUGUAAUCUCAAGGUAUGAUACAAGCCUAACUCGAUGUCGAAGACUCAUACUUUUACUUGUAUACCCAGUUUCAUUUACAUUUUUGAUACUCAUACCGAGUAAGGUUCAACGUGUAUAAGCUAUUCGUUCUCCAGCGAUAUUCAUGUAGCAAACAUUUAAGUUUGAAUCAGUCAGUCAUGAAUAACUUAGAACCCGGUACAAAUGUUCAUCGAUCAGUUACUCCGCUUUAUGUUUAUGUAGCGAAGGGAAAUUAACAAGGUAAGCGACAAAAUCAAUCAAGACAUUAAUAUUAGUGAUGAUAAAAUCUGAACAUAAAAAAUGUAGUCUAAAAAGACGGACAUGAUUAGUUAAUGAAAAGCAUGUGAUAAUGUUAAAUUCAGGAUUUAGAAGGAGAUAGUGAAUGCGUACAUCAGUGCUACUCAAACCGUUUUUUUUGAUUAUAUCAUCAAAGUCCUGCGACUAUACACGGAGUCCGCGACACAGAGUCCACCUAGGGGAGUUGGAAAACCCUCAUUCUAAACCAAUGGUGCACAUGGGCUCCAGUAUUCUGAAGGAACAAAUGGUGUAUGAAUCUAUUGUUGGUCACCGGCUACCAUGAGCAUGCAUCUCCUCACGUUGUUCCACUGUCUUGUGGAUCAGAUCUUUAGGUCGAAGGCUCCGGGUGUGGCCCCUUAGAAAAUCACCUGUUUCGGUUUGGACACCCUGGCGAUAUCCCAGCCCUCACACAAAUCGAAUGCUUUAUGUGGCGCAUAUCUGUUUGGCGCCUACUUGUACCAAUGUUUGUGUUUAAAUAAAUAAUAAUAAAUAAAAUAAAUUUAACCUUGGCAGGAAAUAUUCGCCUCCGGAGAUGGUUAAUCCAAUAGUCAACAGUUUUAUAGGUUCAUGCAACAUUUAAUCCUUAUCAUUUUCCAAUUCACAAGAUUUUAGUUGGGGGUAGGUGAUGGUUACUCAGAUGUAAAACUUGUCCCGACAACAUCAGUCAACUUAAUCAACUGGUUUACAUCUGCCUAGUACGUUAACUGACUUCGAAAUUACUCACUUUGUAGUUCCGCUAAACACGAAACCACUAAUUAUUAAAUAAUCGAGUCCGUUUAUCUCAACCAUACUUUCAGUUUACUGUCCAUAUAUUUUCAUGUACAAAACGAAGUAUCUAUGUACGUUUCAUUUAUAAGUUAUGAUUAUAAAAAAUAUGACUACCGGUUAAUGAAAUUUCAUCGUUGUUACAUAAGAGAUUUGUUUCUUGAAAUAAUGUUUGGAGUGACUAUAGCAUAGCUUGCUGGCAACGAUAUCAAUGAAACUCUAAGCGUUAUGCGAUAGAUUGGGAAAAUAACAAAAUAGCAGAUAGGUAGAUACGAUUUAAAACUAAUUACAUCUAAAUCAUUGUCUAGUUACCGAUAGUUUGUCACUAUAUGUCCUGUCUUUUUGAACAGUCGAUUAGUUGUUAAAUCACUGCGAUUUUAACUCUCGAGUUUAUGGUCCGAACCCUGUUCGUUAUGGGCAACUGGUUAGUGUCACUAGCCCUCAUACAGUGCUACCCAACUCUGAAUAUGUGUGUAAUUUGGUAACUGAGUUUCACUUAUAUUAACCAAAAGAUCAUGAUUCUACAUUUUACUGUAGUUCCUAAGUUUUACAAUGUUGUUCGGUUUAUUUCCAACAAGACUGAAUUAUGACACGACUCACUGAUUAUAUAUAUUCUUCUCCACUAUAUUUAGUUGUUGUCGAUUUGUGAAGUUUGUUGAUAACGAAUUAGGUCAGUAGUAACUACCAUCAAGCUUAAUUUUUCUUACACACUUUGUUUUACUUUGAUCUUUGAAUAAUCUUAAAUUAAAACAAUUGUACUUUCAUGUAAAAUCCAAAGUUGUUGUACAAAGCAUUUACACUAGUAUCUUUAUACAGAUCUAGUCACUCUGUGAGGGAUAAUAAUACUACCUUGUUUCCCAAGAAAAAAUAAGCGGAAAAGGGGGCUGCAAACUCGGAACUUAGUGGCUGAAAAGUUGGACAGGCUAUACAGGAAGCGGUCUUAGUUGCUCGUUGAAGAUUUGACUGAGUAAUUUGCAUAAAUUUGAUGCUUAACAGUUGGAAACUUUGUUUCCACUUUAGUUAACGUACAAAUGGUUUCAUCAAACCUUACAACAUGGUGUAACUCACUUCAACGAAGUACACAUUUAUUUACUCAGCUUUGAGUUGUGCAUUUUAUCUAUCUUUAGGCUAGUAAUACUACUAGGUUACACAAACUUUAAUGUAUAUGAAGUGAGGUGUGAAUGCGUGGUCUAAUAGUUGAAGAUCUUAUGGUUCUGAUCAUUAGGUUACUCCGUUCCAUAUUUCAAUGACAUAAAAGCGAAUCCAAACUUUUAUACAAAUAACUAUGACUUGUCAAGCUGCAUUAUUAUUAUUAUCAUUGUUCAACAGGAAAUGAUUCACAGAAUUUAGUGGGAUUGAUGUAAAUAUUUUUAUAAUUGAUUAACAUUAUUUAGGAGCCUGUAAAUGAACGUGAACCUGCAAAAUGGAAAGAACGGACAAAUCUACCACCUGUUUCCACAUCAUAUGAGAAUUAUAUGUUGAAAGUAAGUAGCCCGUCUAUAUGACAAAAUUGAACUUUUUCCAUGUAUUUAUAACUCGGCUUAUAACAUAAAUGAUCAUCAGUUUUUUUUGAAGAUGUGACCCAUUAGUUUAUACACUCAAUAAUCAACCGAUGGACCACAGAUUCAGACACCACUCUGGCAAAGUUCACUUUGGAUUGCAUAUUCUCACACAAGUUGUGGAGAUCAUCAUAGUCCAAUAGACAAUCGCGUUCAUUACUGUUAAUUUACAUGUACUUUGAGUCAUACUUUGUUUUUAAAGGUUCGUUUUGUUAAUUGUCUAUAAGUCAAAGAAGUCUAGGCCACAUUGAAAGUCAAAUGUAAUUCAAUAAACUAAUGUUCACAAAUUAUGAUCAAUGUCAACAUAUAACUUUAUUUUAACGACUUAAUUGGGCUUACGAUUAUGAUAGCCUGUUCUACCCAGUUCGCUUUAUACAGUUGAGGAGUAUCACUUGUCUGCACAUUGAAUUUGUGAUAUGAAAUCGAGUAUAAAAGUGUAUGUACUCGGUUACUGACCUCGCAAAAAUAACAUUUAAAUAAAUUAGUUGUGAGAUAAGGGGUGAUUGGUUUAAUCGUGGAGAUUAUUUCUACUACGAAUUAAAAUCAAAUAGAGGAAAUAUUGAAAACUGUGGAGGAUAGGUGACUGACUUUAAGUACCAAAGAAAUCAAAUGAUGAAGCAUAAUUGAUUAGAGGAUACAUGAAUUUCAUAGAUCACUCUGAAGUACCGAUGAAAUAGUGAUCCAACCGUUAGACUUAAUUCCUACCUUGUCGUCUAACAAUUCAUCUCAAAGCUAGUCGAGUACAAAGCACACAGUUUCACUAUGUGUGCAAUAAUGAUGUUGAGUAAUUACCUA